AUGAAAAGUGUUGAAAAUCGGGUUAGGAUAGUGUUGAAUAUUGUUGGACGGAAAAGUAUCCUAAAGCUGAGAGCGAGCAUUAGCCUGAGUCUGGGUGGUAGUUUAAACCCAGGGAAAAACAGUCAGCGUAAUGCAUUCAACAUACUAAAUUGUCAGUCGGAUAUAAGUGAAAAUGUAUCCUUCAAGGAUUUCAAUUUGGAUGAACGACUUCUGAAGGCGAUUGGAGAAUUGGGAUGGGAGAAGCCGACUCAAGUACAACAGAAUAUGAUCGAAUUAGCGUUGGAGGAUAAGAAUAUAUUGGCACGUGCUCGGACGGGGAGUGGAAAGACUGGUGCGUUCAUGAUACCGGUCGUGCAGAAGAUACUGCACUUAAUUGAGGCAUCGUGCGAUAGCUCUUUGACUGGGCCGUUUGCUCUUUUUAUCGCACCAACCCGUGAGCUUGCCACUCAGGUAAUCAGUCAUUUAAUUAUUUAUUAUUUGAUUAUCGAUCAUUUCGAUUUAAACGUAUUUAUGGUUUCAGUUGAUUGCAUUUAG